AUGACGGAUAAAGGUAAUGAUGAUGCGGUGCCGAGAGUCACCGAGCAAAUGAGACAAGUGAUUGCCGAGGAAGUAGGAAAGGCAAUCGAAAAUAGCCUAUCCGGUUUUAUUGAUAAGAUCCAAAAUACGGUACUAUCGGUUGUUGAUGAGAGAAUCAAGAAAUUGGAAGAUAGUGCCAACGUAGCUAAGGAGAAAUCUGGAGAGCGCAAGGGCUGCUCGUACAAAGAAUUUAUGGCAUGUAAACCGCCACUCUACAACGGAGAGGUGGAUUCGAUAGUAUGCCAAAGAUGGUUGAGUGAUAUCGAAGGGGUGUUUGAGAGAACCCACUGUGACACGAAUGACUUCGUGGCUUAUGGCACGGGUCAGCUGAGAGGUCAAGCAAAAGACUGGUGGGAUAAUAAGAAAAAGGAGAUAGGAAGUGAAGCGGCGAAGGCGAUGACAUGGGACGAGUUUAAGGUACCAUUCCUUAAACACCACAGUCCCAAAGCGGUUAUCAAUCGAAUCAAAGAAGAAUUCAUUCAGCUUAGGCAGAAAGGUGAAUCUAUUGAUAAGAUCACGGGGAUCUUUCUCGACAAACUGAGGUUUUGUGAUGAGUUGGUGACAUCCAAAGAACAGAAGGAGUUCAUGACUCCCUCAAAAUACGAGACUCUCACCGAAAUCAUUAACACUGCUCGAGAGAGGGAGAUAGAGCUAAAGAAACAGAUCGAAAGGGGUGAAAGAAGGGCGCAAGUGGUUAACCCAAGUCCUACAAAAAAGGCACGCACGACUGAGUCGUCGAAGAAACAAGAGGGAAAAAGCGGGUCGCAAAGCUGCAAGGUAUGCGGGAAAGGGCACAAAGGUGAGUGUCGGUUUAAAGAUAAGCCAUGUCCCAUAUGUGGGAAGACAGGGCACACAGCUGCAUUAUGCCCCGGGAAGGUAUCGGUGUGUUACAAUGCUAUCAACCGGGUCACAAGAAAUUAG